AUGGAUGCAAACAGGAAAUAUGGCCAGUCGCCAAGUAGCGACGCAGAAGGUCCAUCUAAAAGCAUCCCGGAUCCGACAGGGAAAGCCUCCGAAACUGCUUCAUUUAGAAGUGAAGGGGAAAGCCCAGGGGUCCCUCCAGUUCUUCCCCCUCGACCAGGUCUUGAUGAACAAGAGGGUGCAACAGACGCUACCUCCAAAAUUAAGCCAACAUCGAGGCAUAGUUUACAGUCAAAGCCUACGACUGCCUUGUCGUUAACAGAUGUAAACACUCACACUUUGCCCGAUGGAUCUAAGGAUUUAUACUCGUCUACUGCUGUGAAAACUAUUCCUGGAAAGGCUAUAGGGCAUAGGACAAGUGUUAGUCAACUGAGAAGCCGCAGGGGAAGUGAUGCCGGUGAUUCCAUAAGCGUACGUAGCUUUGUCCCGGGUGGGGAGACACCUGACGAUAUUAGUCUUUUUGGCGACUUUCCCAUAGUGGGAGGGGAUGAGAUAUCUUGGGUUCAUAGUGGCGAGCGUGCGGUAAAACGAGCUUUAUUAGACUCUGACGAUGAUGAAGUGGAUUCCGAGUUCGAACAUGAGUUUGAUGCCAUUGAUCAAGUCGAGCCUGACGGUGGUAAUUCAGCUCAGGUUGUUGAAGCAUGGAAGAGGAAAAAGAAGCACUUCUUCAUAUUGUCACAAGCAGGGAAACCAAUAUACACAAGACAUGGAGACAGCGGUCUGAUCUCUGAUUAUUUCGGCAUUAUCCAAACUAUCAUAUCCUUUUUUGAAGAAUCUGGAGAUUUCCUGAAGAGUUUUUCGGCUGGAAAAGCGAAAAUUGUUAUUUUAUCUCAGGGUCCAUUGUAUCUUGUUGCCAUCAGUCGCCUCUUCGAAAACGAUUCUCAGCUACGGAUGCAGUUGGAAGCAUUGUACAUGCAAAUCCUGUCAACAUUGACCCUCCCAAGUCUAAAUCAUUUGUUUUCAAUUCGACCAUCAACGGAUUUACGGCGCCCAUUGGAAGGAACUGAAUCUCUUCUCUCUUCUCUGGCUGAUAGCUUCACAAAGGGCUCUCCAUCAACCCUGCUCAAUGCUUUGGAAUGCCUCAAAAUUCGAAAGUCUCAUCGACAAACCAUAAACAACACUCUUCUGAAAGCCAGGGUUGAUAGCCUUUUAUACGGGCUUGUUGUCGCUGGUGGCCAGCUUGUGAGUGUAAUUAGGCCGAAGAGACACUCGUUGCAUCCAGGUGAUCUACAGUUGAUCUUCAACAUGAUUUUCGAGGCAGAUGGUGUUAAGGCUGGAGGCGGUGACAGUUGGAUUCCUGUUUGUCUGCCUGGUUUCAACAGCAGCGGAUAUUUGCAUAUGUUCGUCAGUUUCCUGGAUCUUCGCGAUGAGGAAAUCCAUACCGCGAACCAAGACACCAUCAAGGACGACUCUGUCGCUAUUAUCUUAAUCAGCGCCGACAAAGAAAGCUUUUAUGCUCUUAGAGAGAUGCGGGAUUUAGCAGUUGAGCAAUUGGGGAAGAAUGGCAGCAUAGCUAUAAUAAAGGCAGCAAUACAAAAAGGACGACCUACCACUACAGAUAUCAUCCCUGGCACAGUCCUACGGCAUUUCCUCUACAAGUCCAAAGCUAACGUCCAAUUUGCCAUGGCUUCAUAUUGUCCCGAUUUCUCGACAACUCUGGGGAGACGCAGACUCCUCUCAACUUACCACUCCCUCCACGCCAGUGUGCAUGCAAAACACGCACACAUCAGAGUCGAGCAUAGAGUAUCAAACUCCAUGAACGCACUUGCAUGGAUCACGCCUGUUUUUGAAUUGUACUGUGUUGCUGGGCCAAAUAGCAAUCGCAAAGCUCUUUCUCAGAGCGCGGGCAAAAUCGCCCAGUGGGCGCAACAGGAAAGGGAGAGGUUGUUUAUCAUAGGUGGAGCUGAGAUGGAAGACUGA